CCUGAAGACUCACUUGCGCGUACAUACGGGUGAGAAGCCGUUCGCGUGUAGACUGUGCGUCGCCAUGUUCAAGCAGAAAGCUCAUUUGCUGAAACACUUGUGUUCGGUGCAUCGUAACGCGAUAGCCGCCGGUGAUAAUACGUUCGCGUGCUGUUUCUGCUCCUCGUCAAACUUCGUCAAUCUGCAAGACCUCAUCAGGCAUCUCUCCGGGCCGCACAACAAUCUGCUGCUCAGUCGAAAUCUGCAUCGCGAGUAUCACGAAUAGCGACACAGUCAAAGGCCAUCCGGUGCUGAGGAGUGCUGCUCCUCCUCGAGCGCGCCGUGACGCAACGUCAUUAUUUUUUUUCUUCCAAUUUUAACGUACCUUCAGCCAACCUGCAUGGUUAUUGUAUUAGGCUACAUAAUACGCAUUGUCAUCUCGAGUAAAUGACGCAACGUCGUUCGGAAACAUUUAAAUCGCUCUUAGAAUUUUCGUCAGAACGACGCGAUCUCGAGGAGAGACACUUCCGACUUUUUUAAGUCAGACCGUAUACCUUGUACAACAGAUGUAUCAACUACGUACGCUGUGAUGUUCGCAUAUUAACACGUUCGCUCUCGCUGCCGGAUGGAAAAAAACAAAAAAGAAACUAUGCUUUUUCGCAGGUCGCGCUACAUCAUAGAUGUAGAUUGCCUUAGACGUAGCUUGUGUCUCUUUUUCCGAUUAUUUUGGACUUUGUUUAUUUCUCAAGUACGGAAUAAAAUACAGUCGUGGAGAAAUCGGUGCCGUGCGACGCGUUGCGGUGAACGUGUUAAUAGCCAGACAACUGUAAAUACUUUAGCAACUUCCUUCUUUCUUUUUUUUUUUUUUCAGUCAGUGUGUGAUUAUCUAAAUUUUAAUAAUUUAUAAAAUUAUAUAUAAUCUCUCACACUUUGACAGUGUGCUUAAUCUGAAUUUACUAAAAAAAAAUAAUAAUAAUUUCUGUCUUUUGUAAAUAAAAUACAUUUUAAAAGCAACACGGAAAGAGAAAUAAAAUAUAAUUUGGUGAGCAUUUAGAAAAACUUGCAUAACGUGGACCUUCGCUUGUAUAGUUUUUGAUUUGAUUUUUCGAUUUUCUGGAAAAAAAGUCAAAUUCGAGAAACGCUGGAACAGAGUUGAGACGGUGAAGUUUAACGGAAGGAAAAAGAGCGGAGACACGCAAAGAUAGAAACGAUCUAGUCAUUUGAGAGUUUUUGUUACACGGCAAACGUAUUUUAAAUAAUGUUCACACAACGUAUAUCCUCGUCUAUAUCUACGUAUCUGCAAUACGAGAAAAUCUCUAUUUCUCGAUGUGCGACUAAAAGCUACAAUUGAAAAUUAUAUAGAAACGUAGAGAAUGUUCUGUAAGAGCAAGCGCCACUUGAUUGAGUUUUUCUAAAUUAUCCUAAAAAUUAUAUAUAAAGCGUAAAAUUAUAACGUGAGAAUAUAUUUUCUCGAUUUGGUGUAAUAUAUUGUUACAUAAUUCUGUUAAAUACCAAAAAAGAUGAAUUUGUUAUGAAUUCGAAAACGCUUUACUAGAGCUUCCUUCGAAAAGAAAAACGAACGGUAUGCGCACACAGCACCGGAGAAGUGCCUUUGCAACGAUGCGUACGAAAUGGCGCGACAUUGUUGACAAUAUAUAUAAAAGUUCGAAAAGAAUCUCGUUGUCCGAGCGCACGGAAGAAGCGAGACGCAUGUAUAUAUACAUAUAUAUGUAUAAAUAUAUAUUGUCAGCAUGUGUUCUUGUUUCCGACGCAUCCGAAAACAUUGUUCUGCGAUUCUUGUUGUUACGCGUAGAAGCGAUAAGUUUGACAAAACCGACUUCGUGUUGAAGAGUCGACGUUAUGUCCGAGUUGAUUGAAUACUACUUGUCGAACGCACGUAUCUGGAAAUAGUACAAGGAGCGAGCACAGUCAAUUACACAGUUAUACAAAAAUAGAUCUUUUUUUAGGGAUCCGAAUAAACAAAGUUUGUUUUCCGACGGAUCUUUGAUCGCUGAAAACAAAUCCGGCUGCGAAAUUACCCCACGUCGGAUUUCCGAGAAACUUGAAUGUGACAAAAUCGGCAAAACAAUUUUUUUUUUUUUUGCAAAUUUUACUUGCGCUACAUAAUUUCAAUUUUCUCGGAAAUUUGACGUAACAGAUCAAUUUCGCCGCCGGAUUCGUCUUCAACGAUCAAAAAUCCAUCGGAAAACACUUUGUUUAUUCGGAUCCCAAUAAAAAAGUGUUGAACAAGUGUUAUUAUUGUCACGCGCGCCAAAUCUUGACGAGCUUGUAGGGGUGAAGCGCAGUCUCUUUGUUGCGUUUUGUUUGUUGUUUAAUUUUUAGUUUAAUCAACCGUCAACCGUUUACACCCGCAAGAUAUGUCCCGUUUUUACCUCAGCGCGCGACUAAUAUCUCAAUCUCAUGUAAAUAAUGUUAUAAAUAGGAAAAACGAGCGGAUAUGUGGAGUAGAAUUUAUUUAUUUCAUGUGUAAACUUCGCAAAUGGGACCAACCAACUUUCCACCGAUUUCUCUCUUAGGUAGAUCUUAGGUGUCCUGCCCGCCAAUCGCCUCGAAUUAUCAUCUACUCGGAAAGAUUAAUCGUUAUUGAGAAAAUGGAAUUUUGAUUGAUUGCGGAAGAAACAAUCGUUCUAUUUAAAUAUUUAUAUAUAUAAAAAAAACUCAAUAUACAAUUUUUAAUGUCCAGUAAACACGUUGGGACGUUUGUUAAACAUAUUCUGUUUGUCAAACACUUGUUUAUUUUUUUUUGUUUUUUUUUUGUUUUUUUUUUUUGACGUUUUCGUCGCUCUGUAUUGUCUUCUAUUACCGGUCCGGUUUGUCACGUCGUCGUCGAUAUAUGUAAAAUCUAUUAGCGACUCGAGUGCCUUGUCAAAGUGGGUCCAAAUUCGUCGAUUGGGCAGUGAUCUUAUGUGUUCAUAGGCUUAAGAGACAUAGGGCGUUUGUAAUAUUGACACGAGCUCGCUUAUUAAUAAAUCCACAAUUUAAUUGAAAGAUUUUAAGGAUGAUCCAUUAGAGUUAAUAUACAAAUCUCCGUGUUAAGGCUAGUUAGAUCGUUGUAAGUAGUAGCUUUCUUCUUUCUAAUUUUCAUUCUUUGUUUGGCGCAGGACGUCAUGUUUUUUUUUUCUUUCUAGAUAGGCAUUAUUACCUAAGGUGCCUUAAAAAAAAAAAAAAAAAAAAAAAAGAAGGGCCUCGACCUCUUUUUUGCUCCUUUUUUUGAACUAUCGACACAACCAUCUUUUGAUUUCGGUAAUGACUUUAAGUGAAGGGGGAAGAAAUGGAACACUUUUUCUCAAAUACUU